UACGCGACGGAUUAUCGACAACGACAGCAACUUGUUUUUGUGGCAAGGUCUGUAAGAACCUGAGAGGCCUGAGGAUCCACCAGACCAGGAUGGGCUGCAUAAGGAGAAAGCAAGCUGAGCAACGCACAGAGCCAGUGCCUAGUACUGACCCUGGUGAGACGGAGGAGGAGCAGGAACCGGAGUCACCCCACAGUGUCCAGAACCUCCAUGCUCAACAUGCUGUACCCGGCAAACCAUCUGAACAGCGCCGGGUCUUAUGGCCUGCUGCAAACAAGGAAUCUGAAUGGCGACAGUUUGACGAGGAUGUUGAUGCUACCCUUGAUGCAGCAUGCAGAGGGGAAGUUGAUCGGCGACUGCAGCUGAUGAGUACACUGAUCAUCAGCAUGGGUGCUGAGAGAUUUGGCAUCAAACAACCCAAGGCUCAGAACAUCGCCAGGCCAAACCGGCGGGAGACCAAGAUCGCCCAGCUCAGGAAAGAAUUGAAGGCCUUAAAACAUCAGUAUAAGAGGGAGAGUGAGGAGGAAAGACCAGCCCUGUCAGAGCUCAGGGACAUCCUGAAGCAGAAGCUCAUCUCUCUCCGACGUGCUGAGGGACAUAGGAGAAGGGGCAGAGAGAGGGCGCGCAAGCGCACUGCCUUCAUAGCAAACCCUUUUGGAUUUACGAAACAGCUGCUGGGGCAGAAGCGGAGCGGCACCCUUGUCUGCUCUGAAGAGGAGAUCAAUCAGCACCUCAGUAACACAUACAGCGACAGUAGGAGAGAAGAAGAUCUGCCCCCCUGCAGAGGGCUACCCACACCAUCAGAACCCUCCUUUCAGUUUAACAUCAAAGAGCCCACCUUGGCAGAAGUCAGGGACACCGUCCGAGCCGCAAGGACCAGCGCAGCCCCAGGCCCGAGUGGAGUGCCAUACAAAGUCUACAAGCAUUGCCCGAGACUCCUGGAGAGGCUGUGGAGACUCAUCAGGGUAGUAUGGCGGAGGGGGAAGGCAGCCAAGCAGUGGCGCCAUGCAGAGGGUGUCUGGAUACCAAAGGAGGAGAAUGCAAGUGACAUCACGCAGUUCCGUACCAUCUCCCUGCUCAGCGUGGAAGGCAAGAUCUUUUUCAAGAUUCUUGCCAACAGGUUGACAGAGUACCUCCUGAGGAAUUCGUACAUCGACACCACAGUGCAGAAGGGAGGAGUCCCAGGCAUGCCAGGCUGCUUGGAACACACAGGAGUGGUUACCCAGCUGAUCCGGGAGGCAAGGGAAAAUCAAGGAGACCUGGCUGUCCUUUGGCUUGACCUUGCCAAUGCCUAUGGAUCCAUUCCACACAAGCUCGUGACAACAGCCUUGACGACACAUCAUGUUCCAGAGAAGAUCACUGAACUCAUACGAGACUACUACAGUAGUUUCAAUCUGAGAUUCACCUCUGGAGCAAUAACAUCUGCAUGGCACCGCCUGGAGAAGGGCAUCAUCACAGGGUGCACCAUAUCAGUGGCACUGUUCGCCCUAGCGAUGAACAUGCUGGUCAAGGCAGCAGAAGUGGAAUGCAGGGGUCCGAAGUCCAGUUCCGGCAUUCGCCAACCUCCGAUCCGAGCCUUCAUGGAUGAUCUGACUGUCACAACAACAUCAGUGACAGGGUGUCGGUGGCUCCUCCGCGGACUGGAAAGGAUCAUCACAUGGGCGAGAAUGAUGUUCAAGCCAGCCAAGUCCAGGUCCCUGGUUUUGAGGAAGGGGAGAGUGGAGGACAAACACCGCUUCAGCCUGGAUGGAGUCCCCAUACCAUCAGUGUCAGAGAAGCCUGUGAAGAGUCUGGGGAAGAUUUUUGACAGCACCCUGAAGGACAAGGCAGCAGUGCAGUCAGCCCAUGUGGAGCUGAAGACCUGGCUAUCAGCAGUGGACAAGUCGGGCCUCCCCGGGAAGUUCAAGGCUUGGAUAUACCAACAUGGCAUCCUGCCGAGAAUCCUUUGGCCACUGCUCAUCUACGAAGUCCCAGUAACCAUUGUGGAGGGCUUUGAACGCAACAUCAGCCAGCACCUGCGUAGGUGGCUGGGCUUGCCGAGGAGCCUAAGCAGCAUCGCCCUGUAUGGGAACACCAACAAGCUGCAACUUCCCUUCACCGGAUUGACUGAGGAGUUUAAAGUCACCAGAGCCAGGGAGGUGUUACUUUACAGAGACUCAUCUGACACCAGAGUCUCCUCUGCUGGCAUCAAGGUCAGAACUGGGAGGAAGUGGAAGGCACAGGAGGCCGUUGACCAGGCAGAAGCAAGGCUGAGACAUGGCGUCUUAGUAGGUGCUGUGGCGGUCGGUCGAGCUGGGCUGGGUAGCCAUACAAGACCACGCUACGACAAAGCCCAGGGUCGAGAGAGACGGCUGAUGGUGCAGGGAGAGAUCCGUGCAGAGGUUGAGGAGGAACGCCGGAGCAAGACAGUGGCCAUGCGCCUGCAAGGAGCCUGGACAAAUUGGGACCACGCAUCUACCCGGAAGAUCACCUGGACAGAACUUUGGAAGUCAGAACCAGCAAGACUCAAGUUCCUGAUCCAGUCAGUGUAUGAUGUCCUCCCAAGUCCAUCCAAUCUUCAUUGCUGGGGGCUAGUAGAAACACCUGAAUGUCCACUGUGCAAGGCACGGGGUUCCCUGGAGCACAUCCUGAGCUGCUGCCCUAAAGCCCUGGGAGAGGGGAGGUACACUUGGCGCCACGACCAGGUGCUGAAGGCAGUAGCAGACACCAUUGGCACUGGAAUCCAGCAGAACAAACAUCAGCUCCCAGUCAGACAUAACAUCUCCUUCGUCAAGGCAGGGGACAAACCACAGGCUGGAUUUAAGGCCCCAACCGGACUGCUAGCCACAGCCCAUGACUGGCAGCUUCAGGUGGAUCUCGGCAGACAGCUGAAGUUUCCAGAGCGCAUAGCAAGGACAUCGCUGAGGCCAGACCUUGUCUUAACUUCUGACUCAACGAAGCAAGUUGUGCUGCUGGAACUUACAGUCCCCUGGGAAGACCGGAUGGAGGAGGCCCAUGAGCAAAAGAAGGCCAAAUACCUUGAGCUGGUCGAGACAUGCAGAGAGAGCGGCUGGAGGACCCGCUGUGAGCCUAUAGAAGUGGGCUGCAGGGGCUUUCUAGGGCAAUCUGUGCAUCAAGCAUUCAGACUUCUUGGAAUCAGAGGGUUGCUGGAGAGAAAAGCCACCAGAAAUAUCAGUGAGGCUGCUGAGAAAGCCUCAAGGUGGUUGUGGAUCAAGAGGGGAGACAGAUGGAGUAGUUCGCUGCUUGGACACAAGCCGGGGCCUGAUCAGCCCCGGUUGGGUCGCCCAGGCGAGGGUGUAUAG